CAGUGUUGAGAGGGUCCCCGGCACCAUACCAGCCCAAUAAUAGGGGUGCUUCCCUCGCCACUGUCUCUGACAGAAACGCUCUGGUUUUUGUGAUGUUCAGCUGCUACUCCUACUCUCAUCUCUGUGGAUUCACACCUGUUCAAAGCGUUGUUUUCUCUGUCAUCUUGACAUCACAGAGACACUCCACACAGCCACCACAUGCCUUUUUUCAGAGGGCUGGGAUGGACAGUUUGAUCCUGGGGGCUGGUAACACUGAAGUCCUGGUGAGAUGUCCUUGAGCGGCAACACGAGCCAGUUUUCUCCAUCAACGACAGCUCUGCCCCUGCCCUUCAACAGCUCCACGGCUCCACGUUCCCUACCGUGGGAGAAGGGAAGAACCAGUCAAGAGUCUGUGCAGGAGUGGUUGGAGAAUAAGACCCAGCUCCUCUCAGACCUCGCUGUCCUCGGGCAUGAGUCGUGCCCUAUGUCAGCCGUCCUCACAGCGUGUCUAGUAGUUUGGUACAGCAUUACCAUGGUGCUGGGGCUGGUGGGGAACACCAGCCUCAUCUGCAUCAUCGCCCGUCGUAGAGAAAAAGUCAAUGUCACCAGCAUUUUCAUCUGCAAUCUGUCAUUUUCUGACAUUCUGGUGUGUUUCUUCUGCCUCCCCUUCACUGUCAUAUACACGCUAAUGGACCACUGGGUGUUUGGGUCAUUGUUAUGCCGGCUAGUGCCGUUCAUCCAAUGUGUGUGUGUGACCGUGUCUGCACUGUCGCUGGUGUUCAUCGCUUUAGAAAGACAUCAGCUCAUCAUUAACCCCUCUGGGUGGAAACCAAGCAUUCCUCAGGCUUACAUUGUGCUUGUUCUCAUUUGGAUUCUGGCCUGCUUCACCUCCUCACCUUUCUUGGCCUUUCAGCUCCUCACAAAUGAGCCCUAUACCAAUACCAUCCUUCCCCAGUCUCCUCUCCAUCACCAAGCCUCUUCUCAGGCUUAUCUCAAUGCAUCUCCAUCUCAACCAGUUUCCUACAUGUAUAAAAACUCAUCUGGGCUUCCAAAUUCAUACCGCACCCUCUUUUCUUAUUUCCCCACCUCCCCGCAUAUGGAGGCCUGUCUGGAGCGCUGGCCAUCCCAGCAACACAGGCUCGCUUACACCACAUGGCUCCUGCUGUUCCAGUACUGCGGUCCACUAUUGUUGGUCCUGCUCUGUUAUGUUAGAGUUUUUCUGCGCCUUCGUCACCGCAAAGACAUGCUGGACCGCUCCAGGACACCAGAGAGCCAGCGAAUGACCCACAGCCGCCGAAUCAACAUCAUGCUGGUCGCCCUCAUAACAGCCUUUGCUCUUUGCUGGCUGCCGCUCACCAUCUUCAACGUGGUGUCAGACUGGAACCAGGAGGCUCUGCCUGUCUGCCACCACAACCUGCUGUUCUCACUCUGCCACCUGCUGGCCAUGUCCUCCACCUGCAUCAACCCCAUCAUCUACGGUUUCCUCAACUCCAACUUUCGGCAGGAAGUGAGAGAAGUGCUCCUGCACUGCCGCUGCAGCCCACUAGAAGAAGAGUGUGAGCAUUUCCCCAUGUCCACUGUGCACAUGGAAGUGUCCCGCACCUCUGUGCCUCUCAACUGCAGGAGCAACUCUGUCUGACUUUGUUGUCACAAUGUAAAGCAUACCCCCGUAGUAUGAAGUAGUCACAUAAACUGUACAGUUGUAGUACUAACUUCUGCUUUUGUUUUUUCUACCUUUAAUUGACAGUGGUUUAAAGUGCAACAUUUUGUCAGUGGUUUGAAGUGAAGUGUGCAGUACAAUAUUGGUUUGUCUUAUUCUGAAGUAGCUCCAAAUUACACAGUGUGUUGAUGUAAAAAAAAAAGUUUCAAAAGAUUGUUUUAAACUAAACUAUUGCUGUGUCCCAGAAGCAUCACAUUAAUAGUAUACAGUACGUACCAUUCAUUACAAUAUACUGCGUAUUUGCAGUAAGUAUACAAGAAAUCAGCAUAUUUUACCAUUUUAUACCAACAGGAAAUUAUCCAAUGUGUGCCCUGUUAGACAUGAACUAGACUGCCAAUUAAAUUUGUUAUAAAUUAAACAGCCUGAAUAUUUUACACAAAGUAUACUGUAUGUUGGCACCAUACUCAUGAUGCAAGCACAAUACCUGGACCUUCCAGUUCAGUCAUCACUAAUAUUAUCAUUUACACCUGUGCUUUUCCUACUGUAACUGUCAGAAUGUCUUCACUGAAAAAGGCCUGUUGUUUGAUAAAUAAACAUAUGUGACUAUACUGUGGCUCUGCCAGACUUCAGACCUCAACCCAUCUGAGCACAUUAUCUAUAUAUAGGCUCCACCAUGAUUAUCAAAACACCAAAUGAGGGAAUAUCUUUUGGAAUUAAGGUGUUAAUUUCCUCCAGUAGAGCUUCAGAGACUUGUAGAAAGGAGCACUGAUGCUGUUCUCAAGGCUUGUGGUGGACCAACAAACUGCUAAGAGACUUUCCUGUAGGUUGGUUUUUCAUUUAAUCUGUCAUCUGUAUGUUGUACUGAAAAGUGACACAGAUGCAUUUUGUGAUAAACUUGACACAUGUCAAAUAAUUUAUUUUCUGAAUGUAGUGCUGCUGUUGUAUUUCUUACAUUUUUGCAUUACUUCUUUUGUAUUUAUGGCAUUUGUGCUGUGAAAUUGCAAUGUGUGAAGAAAAACAGAAAGUUGUAUUUUCUUUUGUGAUCAAUGUGACUUAGAUAACAGUUUAUAACAUUGUUAACUUAUAAAUUAAAUAUAGUAAUAACAUCAAA